CACGCCAGUCGAAGGUUUACGACGCACACAGGAAGUGGAUUUAUCAGCUGAUCCUGCUGGCUGUUGUUGAUGUCUGAAGUUGCUGUCGUGUGGCCGCCGUGUCGCUCUUAUCUGUUCCUGACGUUGAAGUUACGGCGAAGGCCGAGCGACGGACCGGCUGCCCCGGUUGUUUUUUUUUUUAACGCCAAACAAGGACGCUUUUCGCGGUGGGAACUGCGGGAUUCGCGCUCUGGCUGCAGAGAAGCUAGCUGCCCUCAAGCUUCGGCCAAGCGAAGAAAGAAAAACAGCAACGACAGCCGACGGCUUCCCUUUGUUUAAGUCGUACCGGUGUGAAUCACGACGUCAGAUUCGUGCUACUUGAAUGUCGGGUGUUUUUUUUGCGGGGUUGUUAUUUAUUUCCAUCGCUCAGCUGUGCCGUUGUUGUUAGCUCGUCCGCUAACGUUAGCCGAUAGCGCGAAGAAAAACUGAAGAUUUGCUGCUUUCGUAACCGCCGGGCUGUCACAGAUAACGAGACAUAACGGUGACAGCGCCGGGGAAAUCUCUAUCCGUGUUUUUUAGGAGUCAGACUACCACUGAAUCAGCCGAGCUGACGCCUGUGGGGGCCAGAACUUACCUCCCAGAAAAGCUGCGCAUUCAGGUUUUAUUGAUUUUAAGCAAGCUGCAGCUCCAGCUGGCCCUCUGUGUUCUCCUGUAGUUCACAGGUUGAGUCGAUACUUUUCUGUGUCUUCCUGGGUGCUUGUUGGUCUUGUCUUUUCUAGCUUGGUACACGUUGAUGUCAUUUUAAAAAAUAUCCAACGCAUCUUAUUCCCCUUUGGUGUCAUAGUGUGGUUAAAUAUUAUUAUGAGAUAGAGAGAAGAGGUUUCUGAGAAGCUUUGGAUGCUCCUGCUCACGAAUGCGUCAGCUUUUGAUGGACACCUUGGUCGUUAUGAAUUGAAAUAGCCGCCUGAUCCCGUUGUGAGACGGCGCUGUGGUCAGGGAGAGCCAGCAUUAGGAGAGGGUCCCUCACAGGGUCCCAUUGUGUCUUGAGGUGAGGUGAGCUGCCCCCCACUACUUGCCAAUGCUGGAUCUGGAGGUGGUGCCUGAGAGAUCACUAGGAAAUGAGCAAUGGGAGUUCGCCUUAGGGAUGCCCUUUUCCCAGGCCAUUUCUAUCCUCCAGAAACACUGCCGCAUCAUCAAAAAUGUCCAGGUGCUGUACAGCGAGCAGACGCCCCUCAGCCAUGACCUCAUACUGAACUUGACUCAGGAUGGGAUUAAGCUGCUGUUUGAUGCCACCAACCAGAGACUGAAGGCCAUCGCGCCCACCAUAGAGCAGAUAGACCAGUCGUUUGGAGCCACUCACCCUGGAGUUUACAACGCCCCCGAGCAGCUGUUCCACCUCAACUUCAGAGGGCUGUCCUUCUCCUUUCAGCUGGACUCCUGGAAUGAAGCUCCCAAAUACGAGAUUCCCCACGGGGCCAUGGUGAAGAGGAUGCACAUCUACACCGGCAACAACCUGCAGGAGACCAGGUUAACCACAGGGGCCUCUACCCGUAAGCCCCCCCCCAUAACUGACCCCAGACUGACCCGUCUCUGUCCCCUCAGGGCGCCGCUGAUGCCGCUGGCCUGUUUCCUGGGCAACAUCUAUGCAGAGAGCGUGGAUGUUCUGAGAGACGGGGCGGGUCCGCUGGGGCUCAGGCUCCGGGUGCGGACUGCAGGUUGUGGACCCGGCGCCAUGGCCGAUGCUAAAGUCCGGUCUCUGGAGAGGAGCAUCUUCUUCGGAGACUCCUGCCAGGACGUCCUGGGCGCUCUGGGAGCCCCACAUAAAGUCUUCUACAAGUCAGAGGACAAGAUGAAGAUCCACUCCCCGUCGCCCCACAAGCAGGUGCCCUCCAAAUGCAACGACUACUUCUUCAACUACUUCACACUGGGACUGGACAUCCUCUUCGACUCCUCGACCCACCUGGUGAAGAAGUUUGUGCUCCACACCAACUACCCCGGCCACUACAACUUCAACAUAUACCAUCGUUGCGACUUUAAGAUCCCGCUGGUGGUCAAAAAAGGGGAAGGAGCUGGUUCUCAGGGUGGAGACUGCAUCCUGACCACCUACAGCAAGUGGGACCAGGUCCAGGAGCUGCUGGGCCACCCGGUGGAGAAGCCCGUGGUGCUGCACAGGUCCUCGUCGGCCAACAACACCAACCCCUUCGGCUCCACCUUCUGCUUCGGCCUGCAGAGGACCAUCUUUGAGGUGAUGCAGAACAACCACAUAGCCUCAGUGACCCUCUAUGGCGCCCCUCGGAUCAGCAGUCCGGCCCGACCCGGGUCCAGACCAGAUUCUCUAACCGACUCCAGCCAGCUCAGACGCUUCAGAACCGGACCGGACCGGACCGGACACGCUUCAGCUUCCCUGCUGGGUUCUGGGAACCCGCCAUCCAGUCCAGCGCUGCCCAGCAGAACCGCAGGACGGCGCGGGCCGAGCCCCGAUGAUGUCACCAGCUCACUGCCAGCCCGGCCG